AUGGCUAGACGGCAUAGUGGUGAAUCGAGUGAUGAUGAUGUGAGGGGUGGAAGAGAUAAGUACCGUCAGCAUAGAAGUAAAAGUGAGUCGAGGUCAAACAAUCAUCUUGAACAGGGUGACAUUGAUUCCUCAGAUUCUGAUAGAGAUAAUAGAACAAAGAGACAAGGGAGACGGGAUGAUGAGAAGGAAAGGGAAAGGUCCAGUGAGAGGGUUCGCAGUGAUAGACAUGGAAGGUGGCGGGGUGAUCGUCAAGAUAGGGAUCAACACACUUCUGAUGAAGACGGUGAGGUGGCAGAGAAAGACAGGGAUGGGCAAGAAAGGGAAAGGAAAAAUGAAAAUGGGAACAGACAACGUGAAAGGGAUCCCAGUGAUAGAUAUGGAAGGUGGCGGGGUGAUCGUCAAGAUAGGGAUGUACAAACUUCUGAUGAAGAUGGUGAGCUGGCCGAGAAAGACAGGGGUGGGCAAGAAAGGGAAAGGAAAAAUGAAAAUGGGAACAGACAACGUGAAAAUGGGAAUGGUGAUAGGGGGAGAGAAAAUAGAAGUUCUGAAGAUGAUGAGCGACUGAAGAGAUACCGACAUGAGAGUGGACAUAGAAGGCGGGAGGACGAGGAUGGUCGUAGAAACAGGGACAGGCAUUCACGUCACUACUCUGAGCGCAGGGAUGAAAGGGAAGAGCGCAGAACUUCAGAACGGAAAAGGGAUAGUAGAGAUGAUGGUGGGCAAAGUAGGCAUAGAAACCGGGAUGACGAUGGUGAGAUAAAGAAUCGCAGAAUUGCAGAAAUAAGAAGGUGA